AAGGUCAUGUUUUCUUUUUUCUGAAAUUAUUUCUUAUUUAAAUGCCCAAAUUCUGGUAUUUCAGUUUGUUGUGGGUUUUUUUUGUGGCCCACAAUCAAAACAUUGCUGAUAAAUGUGGCGCCUACAUUUCUUUACAGAAGCAGAUUAUGCCAUGGAAAACACUCAGCUGUUUGGUAGAUGAUAUACAAGGCCAUUUUCACAGCAAAGCCCUGUGGGCUUUGAUGAGCAGAAAUUUGGACUUUCUCCUGUUCCUGUAGACUCCGCUAACCAGGAGCUAGAAUGGGCUUCAGAGUUUGUCAUUGGUUCAGUCCUGUGCUAAAAGAGAUAGUCAAGGAACUGCUGUUUGUACACUGAAUUUCUGUCAAGUCCCUGUCUCAUCACUGCACAUCCAGACUUUACUUUUACUUUCCUAUGUGGGUCCCAACAUACCCUCCUCUCAGCUCAGAGUUAAGUAACGAGCAAAACAGAACAGGAGAAAACAAACCAAAAGCUUGCCACAGUGUGCAGAAGUAGGAUUUUGUGCUAGUUGUUACCAGAGGCUGAUAAAGCAAGAGACAAGGUUUAGACCUCCUGGGUAUUGUAAUCCCAGAGGUCCGGGUGCUUUGUUGAGCUGUGGACCUAGCCUUCCUGCUCGGUGAUAGAGAACCACCAAGUGCCCUGUGUUGGAGUAGCUGUAGCACCAGUAAGAGAGUCGAAUGAUUUUGGAUGCCUUUGCCCAACAAUGCAGCCGGGUUCUAAGUCUUUUAAAUUGUGGUGGAAAACUACUGGACAACAAUCACUCUCAAUCCAUGAUUUCUUGUAUAAAGCAGGAAAACCCAAAUUAUAGUGAAAGACAAGAGCAAUGUCAGCUUGGGAAAAUGGUCCAUAGUCAGACAUCAGACAUUUUAGACAUAGAGAUGCAGUAUAUGCAAAAGAAACAACAAACCUCAGCCUUUCUGAGAGUUUUUACCGAUUCUCUUCAGAACUAUUUGCUUUCUGGGAGCUUCCCUUCUCAGAACACCUCAUCAGUAAAUGAUUUUAGCCAUUUGGCAGAUGUGGAUCCACUUUCAACCUCUCCAGUACACACUUUAGGUGGAUGGACGUCUCCAGCAACAUCUGAAUCUCAUGGUCACCCAUCAUCUUCUACACUUCCAGAGGAGGAAGAGGAGGAAGAGGAAGAAGGUUACUGCCCUCGGUGUCAAGAGCUAGAGCAGGAGGUAAUUUCAUUGCAACAAGAAAAUGAGGAACUUCGUAGAAAAUUGGAGAGCAUUCCAGUGCCCUGCCAGACUGUUUUAGACUAUUUGAAGACUGUGCUUCAGCAUCACAACCAGCUGAUGGUACCACAGCCAGCAGACCAUCCGACUGAGGGGAGCAAGCAGUUGCUGAACAACUACCCUGUCUACAUCACUAGUAAACAGUGGGAUGAGGCUGUAAAUUCUUCCAAGAAAGAUGGACGACGGCUCCUUCGCUAUCUCAUCAGAUUUGUUUUCACAACCGAUGAGCUUAAGUACUCAUGCGGCCUUGGAAAAAGGAAAAGGUCAGUGCAGUCAGGAGAGACAGGUCCUGAAAGACGUCCUCUGGAUCCAGUAAAAGUAACAUGUCUCAGAGAGUUCAUUAGGAUGCAUUGUACUUCCAACCCAGACUGGUGGAUGCCAUCCGAAGAGCAAAUAAACAAGGUAUUCAGCGAUGCAGUAGGACAUGCUCGUCAAGGGCGUGCAGUGGGGACUUUCCUUCACAAUGGAAACUCCUAUUAUGACGGGACUGACCAUCCAGGAUCACAGGAUGAAGUCUUCAAUAGAGGUAUGCAAGAUGGAUCUGGUGAUUGAUGGCAGUGAGAAGAACCUCAUACAACAGUAGCAACCACUUAAUUUAGGAGAGACUAUUUGUUAGACAUACUUACCCUGCUGUCAUUUAAGAGUCCAAAGCAUGUUUGAACACAUACUGCAUACAUUUCAGCUUCUCCAUCCUACCAUGUCCCAGUUAACAGAAAUCCAUUUCAAGACCUGCUCAAUGGGACUUCUCAGUGCCUAUUAUUUGCAAAUCCUUCACAGCACUCUCAAAGGGAAAUUGCAGUUCAUUUCAUCUAGUUCUAGAGGAAAGGUCAUUUAAAAACUAUAAAAAUGUCAAAAGAAAUAGCAGCUACUAUCUCAUCUGCCUAUUGAUAACAAUCCCAGGUCUGGACCUAGAACAGCUGGGUACUAUUUGCUUUACCUGGGUAGGAGAUGUAAGAACAAGUCUGCACACAUAUAACAAAAAAAAAAAGAAGCAGUCUCCCGUUUCCUAACAGAAAAUAACAUAAAUGCUACCUUAAAACACCACAUAAGAUGGAAAAUUCAGGGACUUCCUUUAGCCAACUCUGCCAGGAAAUUAAGCUUCCCAGGUAAAACAGCAGUGCUUGUCAACAGCAGAAUCCUUCAAAGACCCAGAAAAAUAACAGGCACUUCUAAUAGAUAAAAAUUGCUUUGUACAUCUGAUAGACACUAUAUUUAUCUAGAUUUCUAGGGGAUUAGAGUUGAUCAUGACAGUUUUAUUAAAACAAGAUUGCUAAAAACAAAUUGUCAUUUCAGAAGAUGGGUUUUGCUUUGUCUCUUCCUAUUCUGCAGCCAUAUUAUAUAGCUUUAGAGGUUUUAAAUUGCCUUUUCUUGGUUUUGCUUUCAUUUGUGUUUUAUAUCCAUUCCUUGAAAUAGAUGAGGCAAGGUGCUAGCCUUAACAGUCAGAUGCUCAAUAUUGUGUUCAGGGAGGGGUUGGGUAAAAAGAGCCUAGUUUAAGCUUCUGUUGUGAGUAAACAUGGGGUCCAGACUAACAGCUGUAAGAAAAGAGCUGUGCUAGAGCAGAAUUCACAGUAGUGAACAAGGCUGGAAGCAGAUACCAAAUUUUU